AAACGGAUCAUCUACCCAGCAGGGUAGACGACACGAACACAAGUAGAGAAAUCUUAUCAGAAUGGUUGGCUUUAUAGUUUCAAUUUGAAUGAACUAUUGAAGCUUGUUAAAAGAGUCAUGUGAGAAAUGAUUAUAAAGUUACUCUCCAAGCUUGUGAAAGCGUAUGAACGGAAGAAAAAAAAUGCAUGAAUGAUUGUGUAAUAUUGGAACAAGGCUAGUGUGGCUGUACAUGAGUAUGCCACUUUGUCCUCAGCUAAAAUGGCACAGAGAAGCUGAAAAGAGGAAGCUGUGUUUGGUUGAUUUGUACUCUUCCCCGUUCAUUGUCUUUUUUACUGUGCAGAGUCAGAGGACUAACUACACACACUCGUCAAGGGAACAUGGUUGGAACACAACAACGUUUUGGAUGAAGGCAUCUCUAUACUCUGGUUUCCAGGUGCUUUUUGGUUCUUCGUCUGGAUGCUGUCUGGAUAGGGUUUCAUAUAUAUAUUGAAGAUGUGUUUUGUUCCUGUGGCAGGAUCAGAAUGUAAGCCAUGUUCGACCCUGCAGCCCCGUGUGAGUGUCUCAGAGGCAUCCUCCUUGUCCUCGUCCCUGUCCCCAGCCUCCGUCGCUAAAGACAUCUUCUUCAACAGUGCCACUGAGGAAAAGGAUGGUGAAAGUGACUAUGAGAACCCAAGCCUGGAUGAGGAUGUAGACAGCAGUGUGGAGGAUCUGCUGGGUUUAAGCUGCUCCUUCAUAGACUCAAACUAUUACAAAGACCAUCAAGGGGUACACUCUGUAUCGGCUGCCACAGAAACCAGCCCUCCUACCCUGGGCUUUCCCAGUAGAUAUAGAGACAGUCCCCAGCACAGCUCCCAGCUCCAUCCCAAUCCACAUCCCUAUUCAUAUCCCUAUCAAGAGACUGAAAACAAAUCCAUACCCCAUCACACUAUUGUGGUCACUCAGUUCAACCCAAACCUGUUGCAGUCAGGCAGUGCCAUGGACGGCUAUAACAGUGAGUCGGUGGACCCUGUUGACCCUGUGGGUGUGGUGAACACUAUGGUGAAUCUGAAUGGACCAGGAGGACAAGGAGACAUGAUGGAUUCUGACAGAGAGAGCUUCCCUAUCCUGAUCAGGUCCAUGUCUACAUCACGCAGACACAGCUUGGGCAUGCCCAUGUCUCCCAUCGACUUGGGGAGGAGGCUGAGCCUGGAUGCCAUAGACAGCGAUGGAGAGAGAGAUGACUCUCUCCUAAGCCCUUCCCACCAACAGGCCUUUAUAUACCCAGGAUGCCCGGAGCAGGAAGUGGAGGAGUCAGAUGGGACAGACCUCUCCAGAUCUGAAGCCAAGGAGACAGAAACGGAGGAGUGCAGUCGGUCUGGAAGGACAUACUCCAGAGCAGAGAUUCUGGCCACAGAUGAGCGCGUUCACGUUGCACACGUGUCUCGCGUGGUGGAGACAUCUAAGAGGGCAGCAGGAGAGGAGCUGGACCCAGAGGAACCCAACUUGCACACUGCAGAAGGACAGACUCAUAUGCUGAUGAUACAAAAAGUUCUGCAAGAGCUCAAGCAGUACCAUGGAGCCAGGCAGAGGACCACAAGGCCAGAGGGGAAGGAGACAGGAAGUAGUGUGACCUGGUACGAAUUUCUCUCCAACGAAAAUGAGGAAGAGGAGGACCGAACAGAGAAAGUGGAGAAGGGGACCAAAGUGAAGCGCACCCUGAGCUCACUUAGGAGCAGAAUGACUGGCUCAUUCAACAAAGACAAGCAGGGUAAGAACCGAGAGAAAGAGCAGCAGAAGGGGAAGGAGAGGGAACCCAAAGAGAAAGAGAAACUGCAUCACAGUAGUAGCAGUGGGCAUAAUUUGGUGCCAGGCUCCUUCUCCAGCUGUGCCACCUGCUCACUGUGCAGUAAGGCCCUGCAGAAAAAGCAUGGUCUGCAGUGCCUGAACUGUGCAGUGAACGUUCACAAGAGUUGUCGGACGCUACUAGCUGAGUGUAACAGCAGCAAGAACAAGAAGGAUUCUCUGCAUAAGACCUCCACAACAGCAUCGCUGAACCUCGCCCUGAGUGAUCGGGACCAGUCUUCUUCGGCCCUUGAUUGCCCCCCAGGCUCUCCGCGCAUCCCAGGCAUGACCCUCACCCCGCGGGGACCCAGUGCUCAGCCUGCCUCAGCCGCCUUCAACAGCUCUUCCUCCAGCCACACUGCUGCAGCCAGCCUCAACCACAGCCACAACCACAGCCACAACAGCCAUACCGGAUCCCUCUCAGGGGACAUGGAUGAACCGGACAGCCUGCGCUUCGGGGUCAAGCGCUUGAACGAGGACGCCGUCUCCCUGGCCCCUUCCACUACUGACUCCAUCGUUGUAGAAGAUGCGUACUACUCUGCAUUUCGAGCUGAUCUGGAGUCUGAUGCCCAGGACCUGGAGGUGGAGUCAUGGAGUCUGGCUGUGGACCAGCAGUACCUGAAGAAAUACACCAAGGAGAUGGUCAAGAGACAGGACGUUAUCUAUGAGCUGAUGCAGACAGAGAUGCACCACGUGCGGACCCUGAAGAUCAUGCUGCGUGUGUACAUGAGGGAGCUGAAGGAGCACCUCCAGAUGGGCGAGCUGUUCCCGCGCCUAGAGAGCCUGCUGGAGCUGCACACAAACUUCUUGUCCCGCCUCAAAGAGCGGCGUCGAGACUCCAUGCAGCCCGGCAGCGACAGGAACUACAACAUACAAAGACUCGCUGACAUCCUCACCACACAGUUUUCAGGUGAGAAAGGGGACCGGAUGAAGGAGAACUAUGGUGAUUUCUGCAGCCACCACACCGAGGCUGUCAACUACUACAAGGAGCAACUACACAACAACAGGAAGUUCCAGAGCCUCAUACGGAAAGUCAAUAAUUUGUCCGUUGUGAGAAGAUUAGGAGUGACUGAAUGUAUUCUCCUGGUGACACAACGCAUCACCAAGUACCCUGUGCUGGUGGAACGCAUUGUGCAGAAUACAGAAGUGGGUACGGAGGAACACGAGGAGUUGACCAGGUCUCUGGGUCUGAUUAAAGACUGCAUCGUCCAGGUGGAUGCCCUGGUCAACCUGCAUGAGAAGGCCUCGCGCCUCCGAGACAUCGCCCACAAGAUGGAGCCCAAGUCCCUCGGCAAGAUCAAAGAUGGCCGUGUGUUCCACAGAGAGGACCUGGCUCAGGGUCGACGCAGGCUACUGCACGAGGGGACGGCCAACCACAAGGCCGCCUCCGGCAGACUCAAAGAUGUUCUGGCUGUGCUGCUGUCAGACGUGCUAUUGUUACUCCAAGAGAAGGACCAGAGAUAUGUCUUCUCCACAGUGGACAACAAGCCCUCAGUGAUCUCCCUCCAGAAGUUGAUAGUGAGGGAGGUGGCCCACGAGGAGAAGGCCAUGUUCCUGAUCUGCGCCUCCUCCAAUGAGCCGGAGAUGUACGAGAUACACACCGCCUCCAAGGAGGAGCGCAACUCCUGGAUGACACACAUCCGGCAGGCCGUGGAGAGUUGUCCACACACUGAGGAGAGACUCUUCAGUGAGCAGGAGGAGGCUCGAGCCGCCAGAUUCAACGAGUUCCAAGAGCGUCUGAGCCAGAAGGACACCCAGAUCGUGACGAUCCUGACAGAGAAGCUGCAGCUGUUUUCAGACAUGUGUCUGGUGUCUGGUCAUGGGGAUACGACCUUCCGCUCCCACCUAAUGCUGCGAGGUGACGCCUCAGACCUCCACCAGGGGGAGACACUGCUCAAGGGGACCAUCACUGAUGUGGAGAGUCUUCAGAACCUGUUGCUGUCUGGUGUGAGAGAGCCAGCUUCACGUCUAGAGGAGGGUUCAGGGUCCGGGGCUCUGCCCAGGAGAGCAGACACCUUCGGGGGCUAUGACAGCAGGCCCAUCAUCCUCAACAAGAAAGGCAUUGUGAAGAAGAAGAACCACAGUGGAGGGGAUAUAGCCAGAGACGGGACCCAGAAAGGCUGCUCUGAUCCCCAGCUUACGAAGAUCCAGGCUAGUCAGACCCUGGAGCAGCCACAGGCUGAUGAGGAGGAGGAGGCCUCUCCAGCCACCUGGAACCCCAUCUGGUCCAACACCUUCCCUGAGGCUGAGUUCUUUGACCGGGUGCUGAUGCUGUCUCAGAGACUCUACAGCCUGCAGGCCAUCGUCGCCAAGCAGGACAGCCACAUCGAGCUGCAACGGGCCUCACUCACCGAGCGCGCCUCCUUCCCUGGCCGUCACCGCGGCAACGUUCUCCUGGAGCAGGAGAAACAGAGGACGCUGGCCCUGCAGAGGGAGGAGCUGGCCACCUUCCACAAGCUGCAGUCACAGCACCGUCAGGAGCAGGCUCGCUGGGAGAGGGAGCGGGACCGCCACCAGCUGCAGGCCGAGGCCAUGGAGGGGAUGCUGAGGCAGAGGGAGGAGGACUGCAGGAGGCUGGAGGAGAAGCUGGCGGAAGAGAGGGAGGACCUGGAGAGACAGAGAGAGAUGUACCAACAGGAUCUGGAGAGACUGAGGGAGUCGACCCGCACAGUGGAGAAGGAGAAGGAACGCCUCGAGCAGCAGAGGAAGAUCAAGAGGAAGACCAUUGAGGUGAUGCCCUUCUCUAGCAGUCUAAAUGGGGAUCUUCUGCUGGGCGUGGGCAGUAGCGGCAGCGUCGGAUCAGACCUCACCCUCCCCCAGAAGGUCCUGGUUCGUCACAGCCCUUCUGUGGCGCCCGCAGACUACCUGGAGCGUCCUGAGGUUCUGGCUCGGGGACAGAGCGCCAACGCCACGGCGUUGCCGGUGAAGAAGGAGGUGCCUCUCCACCUGUGCAGCACCACCAACCAGCAGCACAAGCAGGUGGGCGUCCAGCAGCAGAUCCCCACCAAGCUGGCAGCCCUGAGCUCAAAAAGUUCGAAGAGUGCCAAGGCCACCCACCGCACCGACAGCACAGCCUCUCUGGAUAUGAAGCAAAUGCUGCCUAUGAAGUUGUCAGCCAGAGAGGACGGCUCUCUGAAAGCCAAGCGCUCCAUCAGCCCUAACCAGCAGCUUCCUCACACCCUAGUCCACUCCCAGUCCAUGCACUUGACAGUUUCAUUGAGCCCUCCAGACAGGGGGCCAGAGAACCAGCCCGCCAGCCUACAGAAGCCCCCCAGCCAGGCCUCCAACCCCCUGCACAUCCAGCCCCAGGCUCCUAACCCCCUACACACCAAGAGCCCUAACCCCUCUCCAGCACAGGCCCCUGUCCACGGCCACAGCCUGCCCCCUCCAUGCAGGAUCUCUGAGGAUGUAAUCUUCUUCUGAUCCCCCCCACGGCAGUCAGGGACCAAAGGGAGGCCUGUGAUGUCAGAUCUCUAGAAACCGUUCACCGGAGCCCUGGAACAAAACACUUUUCCUUUUUAAAAGAUGUCAUUUAAAUAAAAAUGAUAACUCUGUUCAUUCUUUCUUAGAAGAAUCUAUAUAAUCAUUUCUCCCUAAAACUAAUUCCAAUAAUUGUUUUGAUUCAUUUUUUUUAUUGAACCGCCGAUUGUUGAAUAUGAAGAUAGACAACUGUGAUUUAAUAUGAAGGUUUAUUUUAAACAUGAAGGGGUCACGUGACGAUCUGGACAAAUCCAGAGUGGAGAGAGAGUGGAGAGAGAGUGGAGAGAGAGUGGAGAGAGAGUGGAGAGAGAGUGGAGAGAGAGUGAGAGAGACAAACCUUUUGGAAGCAGUGGAGCCACAGGAAGUGUCAAACUGAUGGCAUUGCUCGAGGGCCUAUGUGUUUUAUUUUGCACAGUCCAAAUACUCCUUUUACAGGCUGACAUUACUGUGAUGCUUUGGGCUGACCCAUGAAUGAAGUUGUAACUAUGAAGGGUUCAUUUUAGUUGUGUUUCUCAUUAGAAAAGACUGAACACUGGAGUGCAGUUGUUGUAAUUGAUAUCGGCCCCUUUUGUUGAAGAUGUUUUGGUUCGUUCCAGUGGUGGGACAGACCAGCUUAUUUUUUUAUUUAAUCACACUGUAAACAGACUUGAUUUUAGAGAAUUGACUUUAAAUACCGCUGGCCAUAGACGAGUUAUCUGAUUUACAACGUCGUCGUCAUUCAUACCUGAUUUUCAUUCAACGGCUUUUUAAACGCUUCCAUUGUAAUUUCAUAUAACGUGUGUAAAUACAACCAACCUUGUUGUGUAGUGAAGAUGAUUUGAACAUGAAGCCAUUCUGUAUGACCAACAAUGAUUAUGGGAUGCCGUGCCACUGGUUUAGAAGUCUCCCUACCACUGCCUGGGUCCUAGCGCUCGACCACUCUCAUGGCAUCCCCUUCCUAAUUUCUGUCUAGGUACAUGGACCAUUUCAUACAUAAUGACGAUAUGGAAGGGCGUCACAGAAUGGUUAGAUAAGUAGUAGUGUGGACACUGAAGGAUUUCAAAGCUUGAUGUAGUGUAAAGCUUUAAACCGUUUUAAGUAACGUUUAAACAAGCCAGUAUCUUACAAAUGUAAGACGUAUCAGUCAAGUUUUUAUUGAUUUAAGUUUGGUGUGAUUUUGCGUUAGCAGCAAGUCCUGAAUCACAGCAUGGUUUCCACACAUUUCCUUCAGCUUGGCCAUUAGUCUGAAGAAUGCAGUGGGCCUCAACCAGGAGUGUCUAGUUUUCACCUAUUUCUUUACUUAACUAUUUAGUUACCUCUGUGUCUGUAUAGCUGGGCCUGUGUAGAUGUGUGUGUGUGUGUGUGUACUGAAAUACAUGUCUCUAAUAGGGAAGGCAAAGCAUUCCCUGACUGAUUGAGUGGCACAUGAUCAUUUUGAUCACUUGUUAGUCUGAGCUUUCAGGACAAGUCUUGUUCAAGUGCAUUCUGUUUUGGACCCUAUGUUUCUGAUAUACAGUUAACUGCUGAAACAAAGGACACCUUGAGUAAAUGAGGGAUACAAAGUACACUAUAUAUACGAAAGUAUUUCAAAAUAGUGGAUUUUCGUAAAUUUUAGCCACACCCGUUGCUGACAGGUGUAUAAUUUUUUUUUUUAAUUGCACACCGCCAUGCAAUCUCCAUAGACAAACAUUGUCAGUCGAAUCACCUUACUGAAGAGCUCUCACUUUCAAUGUGACACCCGUCAUAGGAUGCCACCUUUCCAAUAAGUCAGUUCGUCAAGUUUGAGCUGCCCCAGUCAACUGUAUGCUGUUAUUGUGCAGUGGAAACGUCUAGGAGCAACAACGGCUCAGCCGCAAAGUGGUAGGCGACACAAGCUCACAGAACAGGACCGCUGAGUGCUAAAGCGUGGCUCGUGGGGACCCAACGCCCUAUUAAGACACAUCAUGUUGGUAUUUUCUUUAUUUGGGCAGUUACCUGUAUAUUCUCUGCAUGGACAGCCAUUGAGUAUACAUUAGAAUGGUGAUGGAUGGUCCUGGUGCACUGAGUUAGCAAUAUGUUAGCUUAGCUACUGGACCACCAGCUUAAUUCUGAUUCCGGUGACAUUUCACACCUCCACAAGAAAACAAUAAGCUAUAAUUCAGUUUUGUGGUGCAGAUGUUCUAUUUCUUAACCUGUGUUUCUUGGAAACAUUGAAGGCAAAGUUGGCUCUUAUUUUAUACUGAAUAAAAAUAUAAACGCAA